AUGGCACUGAGCCCGCUGGUAGCUGCGCUCGUUGAGGCAUGGACGCUAUACGGCAUAGGCAGUAUUGCCAUUAUUCUGAGAAUCUUCACACGGACGCGCAUGGUUGGCAUUGCUGGAUGGCAAGCUGACGACUACAUCAUAUUUUUCUCUUGGGCUUGUUAUACCGGAAUGACUGUAGCAGCACAUGAGGUCGGCGGCGUGAGCGACACCUCGCAUAUGACCAUGGAGUAUCGACUUUCCUUGACCCCAGAACAAGCAGCUUUACACCAACGCUCGAGCAAAUGGUUCAUGGUCGGAUGGUUCACCUAUAUAGGACUCAUCUGGUCGCUGAAGCUGAACAUGCUCUUUCUGUAUCGCCGAGUCGUCAGCGUGGUAUGGGUCAGCGCGUUUUUACUCCCAACCAUGCUUUUGGUGGGUGUUACCGGUAUUUCGAUUUGGUUGAUGUUUGCGCUGGCUUGUCGUCCAUUCAACAGGCUCUGGCAAAUUCUUCCAGAUCCAGGACAAUACUGUAUGCCUCAGAGCCCGGCUUUCCUAGUCGUCGUCCUUGUCUUCAAUCUCUUGACGGAUGUUUUCAUUAUACUCAUCCCUAUUCCGAUUAUUCUUCCUUUGAAGAUCUCAUGGGCUCGCAAGCUUGGACUAUUGGCUAUGUUCUGUGCGGGCAUCUUCAUUAUGAUAGCUGCGAUUUUGCGGGUCUAUUUCGUCAUGGCUCUUCAACAAGCCGCAACAGCCGCCAUUUGGUCCUGUCGAGAAGACAUUGUCGCAGUCCUGGUCGGCCAAGCCACCAUCAUUCGACCUCUCUUCACUCAUCGAUUCUGGACCGGCGCCUAUGAAGGCUCCAACUCAUACCCAUCAAACAAAAACUCGGACGACUCGCACGAGCUCAGCGAUGGUUCAGCCUCCAAGCAAUCGCGUUUAGGCUUCCGUGCUGUGAAGGAUCCAUACAACAUCAGCGCUCUCCACACAAACAAGGGCAAUGAAAGCCAGGAGAAGAUUAUCCCUCCGACGCCAGACGUACCCGUUUACAAUCGGAGGGAAUCGGUCCAGAGAAUCGACACAAGUGGGAAAGACUUGGAAAGUGGCCACAUUGUCAUCCAGAGAGAAGUUGCCGUUUCAACUGCGACUGGGAAGCAUGAGUUCCCUCAGGCUUGGAAGCCGGUGUGA